CGCGGAGUCUGCAACAAUACGUGCUAAAGGCUCCUAUGGAACUGGAUGGCGAAGUAAAUGCAAGCGAUCCAAGUGGCAGCAAGAAUCCAUGGGAUCGUUUCUUGGAGUCGGCCAGAUAUCUCAAGGGCAUACGGCACUCAUUUCCACGUCGUCAGCCUUACCCGAUUCCCAGCGACCAAUUAAACCGUGUGCGGGUGUAUCCUCAUGAAAGCAAUGACGAAGCCAUGUCACGUUCUCAAGAUGAUUGGACAGGCGUAUGGGUUGAUCUUUUGAAGGAGGAUGAGUCCCGCUUGAACACGCCCAACACGGUCCUUCUUGGCUCGUCACAGCGGAACUUCAAGUCGAACCAGAGAGAGGCUAUUCAAGCGUCAUGGCUACCCAUGUCCACAUUCUCCGGGAAAAAUCAGCUUGAAAACGUCCCGCUGUGCCAUCGACAGGAUCUGCGUGUUCGCGAGGCAGAUACUGCUGCAUCUCCGGGGUCUGGCCGAGUGCCGCUGGCGUCGUUAAGCAACGCAUCCAGCUUGCUCCCUCCACGUCCCGCAUCUCAGGCGAAGAAAGUUAAUCACGUCCGAGGAAACACUACAAAGAAGGCAAGGUCAUCUCCGAGGACAUCAAAGGCCCACAGGAACAUCAUAGUACAGCUCCAGCUGAACAAAUCGGCUUCGGCCCGGGCCCCUCAGCGAAAGGAGCGCACUCGAGCUGAUAAGUCUGUCGCUCUGAGGACUUGCCCCUACGCCGGAUGCGAGAGCGCAGGCGACGCGCAUACGAUGUGGUGCCACCUGAAGACGGUCCACUGCGUCGGAGACACAAUGCGGUGUCCUUUUGAGUUCUGCGAUAGCACCUUUAGGGACGCAUCGUCUGUUAGACGUCACGUUAUGACGGUACACUGGAAGGCGCCUGGGAUUUUUGAUGUCUGUGCCAGGUGUGGAAUGGUGCAGCGAACCGACGUGAUGAGUCUCCACGUUCUGCUUUGCAAGGGAGAAGCUGAUCAGGGAAAUGAAUCUUGCUGAUGUGAUGUGCUCUUUUGGAGAAUGGUUUUGCGGUCAUUCCCUCAUCGAUGUCACGCCUUCACAUUCGACACCGCCUUGAAGGGCUGUAUCCUGGCCAGUGUACGUGCUCGACCCACGGUACCUUGUCUGAAAAAGUUGCGCUUGAUUUUGUAGUAAUAAUCAGUAUCUCGAUUCGAUUAUUAGAGAGCACGCUUUCCUG